AUGGAAGGACAGAAUAAAAGUGCUGUGACAAAAUAUUUUCCCAACGAAUCAAUGGACCUCCUUCAGUUUGCAACCAACGAAACCGAUUCCAAUUUCGAAAACGGUUCCUCUGCCGACAGCGAUGAAACGAACGAACCCACGGACCAACCUGCAAUUACAGAGUUAAAAUUUUCUAUUAAAAACAUCCUCGGACUCGACAAGGAAAGUGUUUCAAAGAUUGCUGACCAAGGAUGUUCUUCUAAGACACUGAACAAUGAUGAUAAAACGAAAGACGAUCUUAUAGAUGAAGAUUCAUCCAAAUUCUCCUGGCUUCAAUGCACGCGAUACAAGCCUCCUAAACUUCCUAGGCGCAAAAACAAAGAUGGUGUUAAACGACGGAAGUUAGGCCGAAAUCCCAGAGUUCCAUUUACCCAGAACCAAGUAUCAGUCCUGGAGGAGAAAUUCCGGCGAACCCACUACCUCAGCAGUAUGGACGUGGCGGAACUGUCCUCAGUGCUCAGUCUAUCGGAUAACAGAGUUAAAAUUUGGUUCCAGAAUCGUCGGGCACGUGAGAGACGAGACCGUGAAUCAGCCCAAAUAUCUCCACUCAGACAGAAAUCGUUCCAACCACUCCUCGUGCCGUCAGUCACGUGGCCCUUGUACCCGGCUACCGGAUCAUUAGCCCAGCUGCACUCCGUCGUGCAGCACUCUAGAAUGGGUUUCCUUCCCUCGGCGUUUAGUAUGUAUUUACCCCACCACGACACGAACUCGAGACCUGCAUGUACAGAAACGUCAGUUGGAUGUGUGGAUUCCAACAUGUAA